AUGAGAAGCGAGGCGGGUUCUCGUUCGUCUGUGCCGUCGCCAGAGUCGUCGGCAUCUUGUGCUUCCCUGUCGUCUUUCGAAAAGGAAGUGUCUCCUCUUCCGCCUUCCAAUCUCCUGUCGGGGUUUGACCGCGCGAACCCGAAGAACGCCGCUGCAGGCGCGCUUCGCUACCUCGCAGGCAGUGGCCCCGCUGGUGUCUCCGCGGAGAGCGGCGCGGGCCGAGCCGAGCCGACGGCGGUCGGAAGCCUUCCGCGCGGUCUCGGGCGGAAACUUCUCCCUGGCGUCGCCAGCGCGGGGACGACUCUCUCGGGCGGCUCUUCUGUCUCGCACUUUUUCCCAACUUAUCCAGAAGCGAGCUACUCUCCGCCUCCAGCGAUGAACCCGACAGGCCGCGUCAGCACGUCCGGCGCGGGCUCCGUGCCCCGACGAGGGUCCGCAGAUGACGCCAUCGUGUACAGCGUGCCGACUCCACCUGCGCUUCCUUCGCGCUCGACGUUGGAGCCGGCUCUGGGUGCCGUGGGAGGCGUCACCGCCCCGUUCUCUGCAGCGCCCGAGUUCCUCUACUCGGCAGCGGGCGCUCGCGGCUUGGCCGGCGGCACGGGCGUCUCGUACCUUUCUGGCGGCGAGCGCAGCUUCGCCAACGGACGGGUUACUCGUCCCUCUUUGCCGUUCAGCGAGACGUCCGUCCUCGCAGCUUCGCACCGGCCUGGCCUCGCGAGCGACCCGGAGCCGCUCGCUUCGCACAAGUUCUUGACGCCUCUCGCAGCUCCGCAGAGAGACGCGAACCCGCAGUUCAACGGAGACGGCGUGGACGAGAGCCCGCUGGCGAACGGAGACGAAGACGCGAGCGCCGGCGCCUUCGCGUCGGCGGAGGACUUUGAGACGAUGGUCGGCGACCUCCGUCGCACCUUCAUCGGCUGGCUGAAGAAGACCGAGAGCGACUUGCGCAAGGAAAAACGUGAUCUCCUCCGCGCCAAGAAAGAGUUCGAAGAGGAACGCAAGCAAGCCCGCGAAAGACUCCAACAAGAAAAAAAAUUCGAAUACGACAAAAUCAAGGAGGAACGGCGCAAGGCGCAAGCGGAAAUUGCAACGCAGAUCAAACAAAUCCAAGUUGAGCGCGAAGACGCGCGGCGCAAGUUGAAUGCGGAGAGAGGGAGAUUUGAAGAGGAAAAGGAGGUCCACCGUCGAAGGACGCUUCUCGAGAAGGAGCGUUUCCGGCAGGAAGCCGAGGCGCUGGACGCAGAGAAGAGACGUAUUGUGGACACCAACAUCGCGACGGAGACAGUCGUGGAUUUGAACGUCGGAGGCGUCAUCUUUGAAGCUUCGCGGCACACUUUCGUGCAGCAGCCAGGAUCCUUUUUGGAGACGCUGUUGUCGGGGAGACACCACGUUUCUCGCGACAAGCAAGGCCGCAUCUUUUUGGAUCGCGAUUCGGAGCUCUUUCGAAUCAUUCUCAACUUUUUGCGCAAUCCAUCGAUGCCUCCGCAGCCGAGAGACUCUGCGGAGAGCGACGCGAUCACGCAGGAGGCAGAGUUUCUGGGCAUUCGCUUCUUCCCCUUUCCACUUGUUUUCGCGGUUGGGGGUCACAACGGCGUGGAGCAUCUUCGCUCCCUGGAAGUGCUCGACAUUGGUCAGCAGUGCUGGCGACCGUGCAAGGCGAUGCAAACCGAGCGGGCGUAUUUUGGAAACAGCGUUUUCCAAAAUCGCCUCUUUGUCUACGGCGGCCAGAACCUCGACUACAAGGCGCUGUGCGAGACCGAAGUUUUCGACUGCCUCAGAGACGUGUGGACGACCGCGGCGCCGCUGAACAUUCCGCGGAGAAACACGUGCGGGACGUUCAUGAACAAUCGGCACUUUGCGAUCGGCGGCUUCGACGGCUCGGAUAUCCUCUCGAGCGUCGAGUGCUACGACCCGCGAAUGAAAAACUGGAUGGAGGUUGCCGCCCUCUCCACGCCCCGCUCCAGCGCAAUGUGCUGCGUGCAAGAGGACCAUCUGUACGUUCUCGGAGGCACCAACGGCGAGCGCCUGCGCACUGUGGAGGUGUACGACCAUCGCAUGAACAAGUGGGAAGUUCUUCCCUCCGAAAUGAUCGAGGUUCGAAGCGCGGGAAGUGCGGCAUGCAGUUUGGGUCACAUUGUCGUUAUGGGCGGUAUCGAUAACACCAACGUAGUGCACAACUCGGUCGAAGUGCUCGAUCCCCAGACGCAAAGAUGGUCUUUCCUGGCCAACAUGGAAACGCCGCGCAUGGACUGCGCCGCCGUUGUUGUCUCCGACUCCAUUUUGGUGACUGGAGGCCAGAGUGAGGACGUGCUUUCGAGCACGGCCUUCCUUCGCCAAGAAGUGAAUGAAUGGCAAGAGGGUCCACCGAUGAUCUCUCCGCGCUACGGCCACGGGAUGCUCUUGGCAAAUCUGUGA